UCCAUUUGCGCCAUUUGCGACAGCAUGGCAGACUGUACACGUAAGUUGAGUAAUACAUUGAUAACUGUUUGAAAACCAGUUGCUUCUUUAUUUCAGAUCAAGAAUAAUCCUUGUACAGAAUGUUAGCCAGCGUUUUCAAGUGGUUGCAUCGGAUCGUUCAUGGAAUUUGAGUUUGAAUUUACAUAAAUGGUCAUUUCAGAUUGGAUGUUGGGUUGUUCGACCUCAAUCAGGUGGUAUAUAGAAGAUUACGCUCAGCAGGGAGAUAAAAUUUAUGAAGAAGCAUUUACAAGCUGAAGGUCCAGAUCCUUCAGAUAUUGAAGCAAUGAAGCUAGAGAUUGCAGAAUUGAAACAAAAACUUGAAUUGCUGGAAACUGAAAAUGCAGAGCUAAAACGAAGCUUAAAUCAUCAUCAACAACAACAGCUGACUCCAGUAACUGGAACAAAUGAUGGGAAUACAACGAAUUAGGAACACAAAACAACAACAACA